GUAAGACCAGUGGGGUCUAUAUAACCAUUAAACUCAAGAAUUAUAGCCUUCAAAUUCGUAAAUCGUUCAUCUCGUAAAAUUUAUUUCGGGAAAUAUAUAAGAGCAGAAGAAGAUCUGUUUCAAUCAGUAGGCGUAUACUCCCCCAACAUCACAGUCAUUAUAAAUUUUGUAUUGUUUGAGUGCAGCUCUUUCUCCCGCAAUGUCUGCUGAUGAACUCCCACCAGAACAAAUAGCCGUACUCCGUAAAGCUUUUGAAGCAUUCGACAGCCAAAAAUCCGGAAGCAUACCAUGUGACAUGGUAGCUGACAUAUUGCGUCUUAUGGGCCAACCUUUCGAUAAAAAAAUUUUGGAAGAACUCAUUGAAGAAGUUGAUGCCGACAAAUCUGGCCGUCUUGAAUUCGAGGAAUUCGUAACUUUGGCCGCCAAAUUCAUUGUUGAAGAAGAUGAUGAAGCUAUGCAAAAAGAACUUAAAGAAGCUUUCAGGUUAUACGACAAAGCAGGGAAUGGUUACAUCCCUACCACAUGUCUCCGUGAAAUAUUAAGAGAAUUAGAUGACCAGCUAACAGAUAAAGAAUUAGACAUGAUGAUUGAAGAAAUUGACACAGAUGGUUCUGGAACAGUAGAUUUUGAUGAAUUCAUGGAGAUGAUGACUGGGGAAGUGUAGAAAAACACAUGGAAAUUUUUAUCUUUAUAAUUAUUUAUAAAUAAGACAACUUUUUUUUGUUACCGACAUUUUUAUUUAUAUAACUGUAAACAUAACUCUAAUUUGAGUUACAUUGAAAAAUAUUUAUUUUAAUUACAUGCUAUUUACAUAAUAUUUAUUAAAUAUAGAUGUAAAAUAUUAA